AUGGGGCCAUUCCUGCCUUCCUGUGGAAAAAAUUAUAUCUUGGUAGCAGUUGACUAUGUAUCCAAGUGGGUAGAAGUUGUGGCAUUACCUUCCAAUGAUGCUAAAGUGGUGGUGACAUCUUUGAAAAACAAUAUCUUUUCGAGAUUUGGAGUGCCAAGAGCACUUAUCAGUGAUGAGGGUAUCCAUUUUUUGAACAAAGUGAUGGAAAACCUGCUGAAGAAGUAUAAUGUUAAACACAAGAUCGCCACUCCGAAGGAUUGGGCACUAAAGUUAGAAGAUGCACUAUGGGCAUACAGAAAAACUUUCAAAACACCCAUAGGGAUGUCCCCGUAUCAGUUGGUUUAUGUUAAAGCUUGUCACUUGCCAUUAGAGUUGGAACACAAAGCAUUUUGGGCAUCCAAAUUCUUGAACUAUGACCUGGCCAAAGCAGGCAAGUCCCGCAUCCUUCAGCUCCAUGAGUUAGAGGAACUUCGUAAUGAGGUGUAUGAAAACACUAAGAUGUACAAAGAACGGACAAAGAAAUGGCACGAUCAGAAGCUGCAGAGAAAAGAGUUCAUCGAGGGAGAAUUAGUGCUCUUGUUCAACUUCAGAUUAAAGCUUUUUCCAGGAAAAUUGAAAUCUAGGUGGUCUGGCCCGUUUUUGGUGCAUAAAGUGUUUCCCCAUGUAGCAAUCGAACUGAAAAAUCCAAAUAAUGGGGGCACUUUCAAAGUAAAUGAACAACGAUUGAAGCACUACUAUCAGGGACAGGAAAGUGGUCUGAUUGAGAAUGUUCACUCGUAG